UCGAUCUUCAUACACGAGCAGCCCUGACCCUCGCCCUCCUCCUCGGGGCUAACUUGAUGCUUCAUGCUGUCACCUCCUUCCGCCUGACUGAAGAUGGAUAAUUGUUUCGUGGAGUUGCUCACACCGGUUCAAGGUCGUUGCGACCUAUCCCGGUUCCUCGUUCCGGCGAAUGCGCGGUGUCUUGUGUUUAGGCUCUUGGAAUGGUUUGAUCAGUGAUUGCUCUCGUUGCCUUCUCUUCCUCUAGUAAUGUAUGCGAUUUGCGCAAGAGAACAUGUUUUUACGCUGUUGAACAUGGGAUCUUGGUUGCGUUUUCCACAGGAAACCUUGUGUUGAUUUGUGACUAUCUUGUACUGUAGUAGGGCUGAUGUCACUCUUGACUGAUGUUCGAUAAUUUGUCGCAUUGAAGAACACGGCUUUGAUUCGUGUGAAAUUUUUGUUUCUUCUACCUUUUUUGCAUCCUCAAGUGCGCUUAUCGCAAUGUUACAAAUUCCGUCUUUUUUCCACCUUCACCACUGAUUUACGAGAUUUUUCAGUAUUCCUAGUUUUUUGCAUUAGUUUUGUUCUAUGUGCAAGUGUAGUAUCUAUGACUAACUUCACCAUAUGAUUAUCAUUGGGCAAUAACCUUGCUGUAGAACGAUUCCAACAUGCGACUGACAACAGUUCUCAGGGACCCUUCACGAGAUGUCGAAGAUCACCGGCAAAGUCAAGUGGUUUAACGUGAAGAAAGGCUACGGUUUCAUCACGCCAACGAACGGGGGUGAAGACAUUUUUGUUCACCAGACUGCCAUCCAUGCUGAGGGCUUCCGCAGCCUGAAGGAGGAGGAAGAGGUCGAGUUUGAGAUCUCCGACAAUGGCGGCAAGUCCAAGGCCAUCAAUGUCACUGGCCCCGCGGGAGCUUACGUUCAGGGAGCUCCGCGCCACACCAAAGGCUCACGCAACUACAGGCCUAGAAACCAGAGGAAGGACAACAAGGAUCCCAAGGCUGAGAACGCAGGCGAAUCAAGUCAACCAGCUUGAUCACAGAGAAUGUCCGUUGCGUAUGGUUUCAAUUUUGUUAGCCUGCCUAGCUUUUUGAAUGAUAAACUGUACAAGUCUUGUACGCAAAUGAUUUGCUUCGGGAACUCUUGCUGUGGAGUGGCGUGACGCUGUUCUGUGACUACGCACUGCUCUGUGUUGGGUUCCUGGAUCAAGAUCAUGCGUGUCUGGCUUGAUACUUUUGUUUAUG